CGCAGCCCACGUGGGCGGGGCAGCGCCGCGGCGCCCGCAGGGCUGGCGAACAUGCCGGAGUUCGGCGUAGCGGGACGGUACGUGUAGGUGGGCCAGCCUGGCGCCCAUCGCGAAGGAAACCACAAGACCUACGCCUCUCCACAGGACAGCGAGACCAACCCCUCUUCCUUCUCAGCCUACUCAGCAUGAAGAUGACAAGAAUGAAGACCCUUAUGAUGAUCCACUUCCACUUAAUGAAUAGGAAAUCUUCAUGAUGUACAGUUAAUAAACUUAUCUGUUUAUAUGCUACUUUAAGAAAAAUGGCUCUGUCAGCCCAUUGGAUACCCAGGUGGUUCAAUUCAAUUAAAUUGAAUGGCUUCAUUAGUGCUAUACAACUCAGAAAUCAUUUUCAGAGACCAGGAAAAACAUGGUUGCAUGAAUAUUCUGCUCAGCCUCAGCUGUCCUCUGACAAUUGCUUCUUCCAGUGGGGAUUUAAGACUUACAGGACUUCCUCCGUGUGGAAUAACGGUUCCCAGUAUACUAACUCAAGUAGACAAGGGAUUAAUUCUCCCCAAAGCACUAUGCUUCCUUCACAGUCACAGGAGACAGAGCUGUCCCUGGAAGGACUAGACCAGCUGCCUCCACUUUCUCCACUGCAGCCAAUUUCCGAGGAGGAGGCUAUUCAGAUUCUUGCAGACCCUCCAUUGCCCCCCUUUACAUUCACACUUCGAGACUACGUGGAUCAUUCUGAGACUCUGCGGAAGUUAGUGUUCCUAGGAGUGGACUUGUCUAAGAUAGAAAAACAUCCAGAUGCAGCCAACCUCCUUCUGAGACUGGAUUUUGAAAAAGACAUUAAGCAAAUACUCCUGUUUCUUAAAGAUUUGGGUAUAGAAGAUAACCAACUGGGAACAUUCCUGACUAAAAAUUACGCUAUUUUCUCUGAAGACCUUGAAAAUCUUAAAACCAGAGUGGCAUAUCUACAGUCAAAAAAAUUUAGUAAGACAGAUAUUGCACAGAUGGUCAGAAAUGCACCAUUUUUGCUGAAUUUUUCAGUGGAAAGACUGGAUAACAGAUUGGGAUUUUUUCAGAAAGAACUUGAACUUAAUGUGGAGAAGACUAGAGAUCUGGUAGUUCGUCUCCCAAGGCUACUAACUGGAAGUCUGGAGCCUGUGAAAGAAAAUAUGAAGGUUUAUCGUCUUGAACUAGGUUUUAAACGUAAUGAAAUUCAACAUAUGAUCACCAAAAUACCAAAGAUGUUAACUGCAAAUAAAAGAAAACUUACGGAGACUUUUGAUUAUGUGCACAACGUGAUGAACAUUCCCCACUACGUCAUUGUCAGGUUCCCACAGGUAUUUAAUACAAGAUUGUUUAAAGUCAAAGAAAGACAUUUAUUUCUGACCUAUUUAGGAAGAGCACAGUAUGAUUCAGCAAAACCUAACUACAUUUCUUUGGACAAAUUGGUAUCAAUGCCUGAUGAAAUAUUUUGUGAAGAGAUUGCCAAAGCCUCAGUACAGGACUUUGAAAAAUUCUUAAAAACUCUUUAGUUUUGAUGAAUAUUAAAAUGUAAUAAUACAAAGUAUGUGUACACAUGAAUAAAUUAAUAUAGUUUAAAAUAAAUGUCUCAAGCCUUAAUUGAUAUUGGAAACAAUUUCUUGAUAUAGUAAAUUUGGGUACACUUUUUGGUAAAUCUUUCUCAAAAGUUCCUAUUGACGUAAGUCUUUGACUCAACCAUUUUCUUCCUCUGGGGAAGCAGAGAAUUAAAAAUAUAGCAAGCUUAGAGAAAGCGAAUUAGUUUACUAUAGGCCGGCCUGUUGUUAUUCUGGUGAAGAUGAGAAAGUGGAGGAUCUUAUAUUCACGGGUCUUUUAAAGUAGUUUCAUCACAAGAUUUUUUUUUUUUUUUUUGAAAUGUUAAAUGAGUUUCUAGAGCAUACUAUAUUUUUUAUCUAACAUCUACUACUUAGACAAUGCCACAAAACACAUGCACUUUUGGAUUAUCUACACUGUUGUCUUCCCAUGCACAGAUAUGCAGAUUUACCCACAGGUAGCUACUGAGAAUCAGGAAAGGGAAACAGGGGAGUAGUUUGAAGGUGAGUAGCGAGGGCAAUGAGACAUAGUAAAAGGCCAUAACAAAGCUUUGACUUAUUGCCUAUAUGCAAAGAUUUAUAGCAUGAAUUGAUACUUUUUUAAAAAAUUUACUGUUAGGAUGUGUAAACCUGGGUAAAUGAUGUAACUUCUGCAUCUGAUUAUUUGGAAAAUGAGGCAUCGUGACUUCACUUAUCUGCCGUAGAAUCUCAAGAUUUAGUAGAAUGUUAACACUGGUGACCCUCUGUGGAGCCAUACCUGGUAUUCGCACUCUUGGCCAGUGCCAUUUGGUCCAUGGGACAUUAUCAGUCUUCUACUUGAUAAGCUCUUGUACAUCGGGUCUUGUCCUCUUGAAACCCUGAGUCACAACAUCAAGAGAUCUACUGAUUCUACUGGAGAAAUAAGGUGGAAAGAUUCCUGGUCAAAUCUCAGCUGUUCCAGCAAUGCUAACUGAGCAUGAGACGUGAGCAAAAAGGUUUAGAUGUUACAGCCUUGGCAGAUACCACAUGGAGCAGAAAUACCAGCUGAAUUCAAAAUUGGGAGAAAUAAAGUUUUAAACCACUAA